ACGCAAAAGAGUCAGCGUUUCUGCCGUACUAAGCAAAAUAGAAAAGUCCCCAAAAGGAGGAAGUAGCGAUUUUCGCGUUGUAAUAAACGCCGGAAGAUCUACAACAAGAUAAAUAAUCCCGCCCCUACCGAAUCCGAGCCUUCACUGACUUUCUCUCUUAAUACUUAGCAGUUACGCUUUUACCUCAUUUGACUCACUCUCUCGACGGAACGAAGAAUCUGCUUCACUCUACGACUGUUACAAGUUUUGCAGAUCAGAUGGCGGAAGGAGGAAAUGCGUCGAGGUAUGUGAAAUUGACGAAAGAUCAAGCGCCUCGCGAGGACAUUAAGCCCGGGGAGCUUAAUCAGCCUAUUGAUGUCCCUCAGCUAGCUGGUCGGAAGUGCCAUGAGUGUGGACAACCUCUGCCUGAGAGUUUUGAGCCUCCUGCAGAUGAGCCUUGGACAACUGGGAUUUUUGGAUGUGCAGAAGACAAAGAUAGCUGCUGGAGAGGACUUUUCUGCCCAUGUGUCUUGUUUGGGCAUAAUGUUGAGAGCCUAAGAGACGAUGAUACUCCUUGGUCUACUCCUUGCAUUUGUCAUGCCAUUUUCAUUGAGGGUGGAAUUGCUGUUGCAGCUGCUACAGCAGCAUUUCAUGGUAUUGAUCCAAGGACGUCAUUCCUCAUCUGUGAAGGUUUAUUAUUUAGUUGGUGGAUGUGUGGCAUAUACACUGGUUUGGUUCGUCAGUCACUGCAGAAGAAGUAUCAUCUCAAGAAUUCCCCCUGCGACCCCUGCAUGGUGCAUUGCUGCCUGCACUGGUGUGCCUUAUGCCAGGAGCACCGGGAGAUGAAGAGUCGUCUGUCAGAUAACGUUGCCAUGCAAAUGACAAUAGUUAACCCUCCACCUGUUCAGGAGAUGAAUGCUGCUGUCGACAACCGAGAAUCUGGACCAUCCUCUGCAAAUGGGGUCAAUCAAACUAACCUCGAGAUGCAAGCUCUAUGAAGGUUGUUCAUCGUUGCUGUCAACUUGGUAAAUCAGGUAUAGUUGAAACAAGGUGUAUUCUGCUACUGGCAGAGUCAGAUUUGGAGCUAUGUUUAUACAGAUGAAAAUGGAAAAAAGAAAGAUUUGUCUUUUUUAAAGGGGUAUGGUUCAUCAUGCAUAUAAAUUUUUUUGGUGAAACGUGGUGUUUCGUGUUCAGGAAGAAGUUAGUGGAUGGGCUUUUUAGACGCACAAACUAGGCUAUUAUAAUGUUUUUUGUUAUCUGCUGAAAAUGUUCAUGACGUUAAAGUUCUUGAACUACAUUAUGUCAUAGGUACCACCCAAUCAAUUUUCUUUUGUUCUUUAUAUAUAGCACAUUCAUAUGUUCUUAUAUAUUUAG